UCAUCAUCCCCAUAACAUAACAGAAACGGGGAUGAAAAUUAUACUAAUAUGACAAUAUUAAAAUACCCAUUAAAUAAAAUGGGGCGGAACCAGUACUGACCUUAAAGAAAGAGUAUAGAGAAUAUCACUAGAUUGGGAACUCCUCACACCGCCGGUUCUCCAUCUUAAUUAGCCACUGGUUUGCUCUUUCUUUUAUUUAUUUAGUUUUUUAUUAAUUCAGGAUAAGCUAACCCCCUAACUUGGUCAUGCGAUGGUAUAUAAAGAUACACCAUAUUAAUAAGCUAAGGUAAAGCCAAACUCCAUUGUUUGCUAUACAGUUUCAAUUCGGUCAGACUUGGUGGUAUUGCCACCUCUAUGUCGGCCAAUCAACAAAAUGUAUUUAUAAACCAGAAUCAUUCUUGUGUGUAACGAUACAGAGGUUAUCUUCGGCCAACUAAGUUAUACUAUCCUCAUCAUCACUUACUUUGUUCCCAUUGUUACAAAAUGCUUCACGUGGCAUUAAGUUAUAAUAAUAUGAUGCAUGUUAAUUUGGCUUAUUCCUAUCCCAGAAGCAUUCAGAGAUUUUAAUUUACCCAAUUUGUGUAAUUGGAUGUGGAAUGGGUGGAUCUUACACCAUUUUCCUUUUUCUUUUUAAACUUUUGUUGAUUACUUGAAAAUUCCCUUUAUUUAAUCCUACUAGUGUAGUUUCUUUUAUGCCUAACUUAUGCAACACAAUCAAGUUGCAUAGCUGAAUGACGGCAGAACCUAAUUCACUAGCGGCGCCACCACCGAAGGGAGUUUGGAGUGGCAGACCUCCUUCGCAGGCUGUUGGGGGUGGUCGUACGGUCGUACCUUUGCAGAUGUGGUUACCAAUCGAGAUGCACAAGUUUCUCUAUCAAUGAAAACACACACAAGAUUUAAAGGAGUUCCCGCGAUUACUUUUCCAGAACAGGAAGUUUUGGACCUCGCUGCUCGUCACCGCAAGGCUUUGGUAGGCUAUUUUUUCAAAACUAGACCUAGUUUGGUUAAUAUGAGGAAAUCUUUUGAAAAUAUUGAUUUUAAAGGAAAUAUCCAGCUAGGUUUAUUGAAUCAGAAACAUGUUUUCAUAAGAUUUGAUAUUGAUGAGGAUUAUUUACGUUGCUGUAAUAAACAAGCAAGGGUUAUUCAUGGCUGUGUGAUGAGGGUGACGAAGUGGACCCCUGAUUUCAGGCCAAACGUGGAAUCUCCUAUGUAGGGGUGGACUCGGGUCCGAGCCGGGCCUAGGCCCGGGCGGGCCGGCGGUUCAAGAAUGGUGGACCCGGGACCGGCCCGGGUAGCCACCGGGUCCGGGCCUCCGUUUUUUUUUUUUUUUUUUUUGCUUUCCUAACCCCCCCUCACCCCCUCACCCCCCCAACCCCCCCCCCAAACCCAUCCUACCCAUCAAGUCCAACCCGGGUGGAAACCGUGGGACCCCAAAAAUGAAAAAAAAAUAAAAAAAAUUCAAUUUGGCCCGGGCCCGGCCCGGCCGGUUCACCAAAAUUGAGACCCGAGCCCGGACCCGCCCUACCCCCGGGCCUAGGCCCGACCCGGACCCGGACCCGAGAACCGAGCCGGUCCCGCACAGUAGCGGGCCGGGCCGGUCCACGGGCCGGGUGGCCUGACCCGAGUCCAAGCCUACUCCUAUGGUUCCAGUUUGGCUAGGUUUUGAAGACCUGCCAAUACAUUUAUAGGAUCCGAGGGCUCUUUUUGAUAUUGCAUCUCUUAUUGGCAAGCCUAUGAAGAUUGAUGCUGCUGCAGCAUCUUUGGCUAGGCCAUCUUUGGCUAGGGUUUUGGUGGAACUAGACCUUACCAAAGAAAUGCCUACCAAGAUCUGGAUACAGUAUGGGAAUAAUGGGUUUAUGCAGACAGUACACUAUGAGAACAUGCCUCAAUAUUGUUCUAAAUGUCUCCAUUUGGGACAUUCUGAAUCCAACUGCCCCAAGAGACCUUCAGCUACAUUAGCUAUCACUAUGCCUAAGGAAAAAUGGACUCCUAAACCUACGGCCAACACUGAUGUUAGCCAACAGAAAAAAUACACAAGGAAAGAGAAGGGGAAGGAUUAGGGAUGGAUUCGGUUCGGGCCACCCGGCCCAUGACCCGGCCCGGCCCGGUACUGUGAGGGCCCGGGACCGGCCCGGUCGGGCGGUCCGGGACCGGGUCUGGGCCCGAACCGGGGGGAAGGGGCGGGGCGGGCUCGGUUCAGCAUUUUGUGACCCGGCCCGGCCGGGUCGGGCCCGGGUCCGGUUCGAUCAAUUUUAAAAAAAAAAAUUGGGUUGGGCUCCUACUAGCCGUUGGGGGUGG